AUGGCCAAUUUUUGGCCUCACCAAUGGAUGUUCGUGGCGGCGAUAUGCCUGCUAUCGAUCACCUACGUAGCAGCCGACGAUAAGCCUUACUACUACUCAUCUCCACCUCCGCCACCUUACAUCUAUAAGUCACCACCACCACCGUCACCGUCGCCUCCACCACCGUACUACUACAAGUCUCCUCCUCCACCGUCGCCAUCUCCUCCACCACCUUACAUCUACAAGUCUCCACCUCCGCCGUCACCUUCGCCUCCACCACCAUAUUACUACAAAUCACCACCGCCACCAUACAUCUACAAGUCGCCACCGCCACCAUCACCAUCGCCUCCUCCUCCUUACAUUUACAAGUCGCCACCGCCACCAUCACCGUCCCCUCCUCCGCCAUACAUCUAUAAGUCGCCGCCGCCACCAUCACCAUCGCCUCCGCCACCAUACUACUACAAAUCACCACCACCACCGUCACCAUCGCCUCCUCCUCCUUACAUUUACAAGUCGCCACCGCCACCAUCACCGUCGCCGCCGCCACCAUCACCGUCCCCUCCUCCUCCUUACAUCUAUAAGUCUCCACCGCCACCAUCACCAUCGCCUCCUCCUCCUUACAUCUACAAGUCGCCACCGCCACCAUCACCGUCCCCUCCUCCUCCUUACAUUUACAAGUCGCCACCGCCACCAUCACCGUCCCCUCCUCCUCCUUACAUUUACAAGUCGCCACCGCCACCAUCGCCAUCCCCUCCUCCUCCUUACAUCUACAAGUCGCCGCCGCCACCAUCACCCUCGCCUCCUCCUCCUUACAUCUACAAGUCGCCGCCGCCACCAUCACCGUCCCCUCCUCCUCCAUACAUUUACAAGUCACCACCGCCACCGUCACCAUCGCCUCCUCCUCCUUACAUCUACAAGUCACCACCGCCACCGUCACCAUCGCCUCCUCCUCCUUACAUCUAUAAGUCUCCACCGCCACCAUCACCCUCACCUCCUCCUCCUUACAUCUACAAGUCGCCGCCGCCGCCAUCACCCUCACCUCCUCCUCCUUACAUCUACAAGUCGCCACCUCCACCGUCUCCAUCCCCGCCGCCACCAUACAUCUACAAAUCACCACCACCACCAUCCCCAUCGCCUCCUCCUCCAUACAUCUACAAGUCGCCGCCACCACCAUCUCCAUCUCCUCCUCCUCCUUACAUCUAUAAUUCACCACCUCCCCCAUCUCCUUCUCCACCGCCACCAUACUACUACAAAUCUCCACCACCUCCAUCACCAUCUCCUCCGCCACCAUACUACUACAAGUCGCCACCACCACCGUCACCAUCUCCACCGCCGCCAUACUACUACAACUCCCCACCACCUCCGUCACCAUCUCCGCCACCUCCUUACUACUACUACAAAUCCCCACCACCUCCGGCCACUUACUAA